AUGAUCGUUCAGGGCUCAGAACUGUUUGUUCCACCACUGUCUCCACAGCAUCUGCCGAGUCAGCAAGAUGAGAGCCCUUCGCAACAAUUCCAAAGACAACCACAAGGUUUUGUUAGUGCAACGGACAUAGAACUGGGGUCUAACAGCGUGUCAGGGCAUGCACUUUCCACCACUGAGCUGGAGGGAGAAACUGCGGGAUUGCCUGUCGUUAAGACUGGUCGAUAUCGGCAUUCAGAUGAAACCGAAAACGAGAACCUCCCGGAAACGGCUGUAUCGAAGCGUUUUGACGGCAGCGCUGCCGCUAACCCCAUGCACACGAGAGAGCAAACGUCCACCGAGCAGGAUGUUCUGAUUUUCGAAAGUGAUGAACCUGUUCCGAAUCCGUACCAGGAUAGAAUAGAUGCAAGUGGAGCAGGUCCUGAAACGAUAGGCAAGACGAGUCAGACGAGCGGGACGGCUGUGAAUAAUGCAGAUAUCGUAACCGCCUACGCAGCUUCCUGUGAUGGGAGCGCAGCGCCUGUCCAAUGCUCCCUCUUUCUACAACCCAUCGAUGGGUCUGAGGAGAUCUUCGGCGCUGUCACAAAGAACAGCUUUGGUCAUCCACCAGUCACGGGCACACAACUCUCGAGAACUCGGCGGGAAGAUGAGGAACAGCCAGGUGGCGUCGUUUUUGAAAAAGGCGAUCCACGCGAAAAACACGACAACGGGGUUCCGAGGCAUGAAACAGGAAACGGGUACACGUUGAACAACAACGGCGGAUCCAGGGAACGGCCCUCACAGCCGAGUAACCUCGGCAAAGUGCCGCUCAGGGAGGAAGACAGGAAGGGACCCCCUUCGCCCCCUAGCCUUCUCGACGCCUCGUUACCAGCCCUAGGAGGACAGCAAAGGGAACAGAAAGCCGCCACGGAAGCGGAAAACACAGAGCCUUUGAUGCAGCCGGCCACCUUACUGGCAUUUUCAGUUGUAGACGGCGGCCAAGCAGAAUGCCAGCUUCCUGUCAAGUUCCUUGAAUCAUCAGGCGAGCGCCGAGAAGAUACCGGAUCUCUGUUGUGA